UGAAUAUGGUUAUUGAUGAAAAUUCAAUACACGCCAAGGCCUCCUGCCGCCUGACAUUGCAAAUGGAGCAGAUUGAGAAAUCACAAGCAUAUGCAAAGAAAGGACUCUUGGAAAAGAUAAAGCUCUGCCUUUCAAAGAAAUCACUACCAUCUCCCACUGACCGAGAGAAGUUUGACCAUGACUUUGCCAUCUCCACUUCCUUUCAUGGCAUACAUAAUAUUGUUCGGAACCGGAGCAGAAUUCGCAAGGUGAUCUGGCUGGUGGUGGUCCUGGGCUCAGUCUCAGUAGUGAUAUGGCAGAUCCAUUGUCGCUUGGCUAACUACUUCACAUGGCCGACCACAACAGCCGUAGAGGUUCAGUAUGUGGAAAAGAUCGAGUUCCCAGCUGUGACGUUUUGUAAUUUAAACAGGUUCCAAACAACUGCUGUAGCCAAAUUUGGUGUUGCUUUUUUCUUGUGGAAUAUUGUAUCCAAAGUCCUCCAUCUUCAGGAAAUCAGUGCAAAUUCCACUGGUUCUAAAGAGGUUACUGAUUUUCUUACAAGUCACCACAACUUCAGCAUUACAGAGUUUGUCAAGAAAAAUGGUUUUUAUCUCAACAAAAAAACUUUGUUGAAAUGUGACUUUUUUGGAAAACCAUGUGGCCCACAGGAUUUUGCACAUGUCUUCACUGAAUAUGGAAACUGUUUUACAUUCAAUCAUGGUGAAAAUGCUCAAGCAAGGAAAAAAGUGAGUGUCUCUGGAAGAGGCUUAAGCUUGCUCUUCAAUGUCAAUCAGGAGGAAUUCACUGAUGACCCAACCCUCGGCUUUGUGGAUGCUGGGAUCAUCUUUGUUAUCCACUCACCACAUAAGGUGCCGCAGUUUGAUGGUUUGGGCUUGUCAGCCCCGGCGGGAAUGCACGCACGGUUAGCGAUCCGCCAGGUGAAGACAGUUCAUCAAGAACACCCGUGGGGAGAAUGCAACCCUAAGAUCAAGCUUCAGAGUUUUAGUACCUACAGCACUUCCGGCUGCUUGAAGGAAUGCAAAGCUCAGUACAUACAAAAGCACUGUGGAUGUUUACCCUUUCUGCUUCCUGGAAAUGGGAUAGAGUGUGACCUACAAAAGUUUUACAACUGCGUCUCCCCUAUACUUGACCACAUUGAAGUUAAGGGAUUUUGUACAAUGGGAACACAUAAUUCUAGCUGUCCUGUUGCUUGUGAAGAAACAGAAUACCCUGCUACUAUUUCUUACUCCACUUUUCCAAGUCAAAAAGCUUUGAAAUAUCUUUCCAAGAAGUUAAAUCAAAGCCAAGAAUAUAUCAGGGAGAAUCUUGUGAACAUUGAAAUAAAUUAUAGUGACUUAAACUAUAAGAUAACCCAGCAGCAAAAAGCAGUGAGUGUGUCUGAAUUACUUGGAGAUGUCGGUGGUCAACUGGGCCUAUUUUGUGGGGCCAGUGUGAUCACAAUUAUAGAAAUUAUUGAAUACAUAUUCACCAACUUCUACUGGAUAUGCAUUUUUUUCUUGCUGAAGAUACCUGAAAUGACGCAGGGAACUCUCCCACAUCAGAACCAUCUGGGGAAUAAAAGUAGCAUGGAAGAAUGCUGAUGUUCACAUGUCCACUUGAGACAAAGCUUUUUCUUUUUUCUUCACAUUUAUUCAUUACUAAUUCAUUGUUAUAUAACUUUAUGCUAUA